AUGUAACAUUGUAGUGAUCUUGAUCCAUUUUCUUAAACUGCUUCUUUCAUUCUCGAUCUCCAAGCCUUCAUUUGGCACAAUAGGGAAUGGCAGCAGGAAAAGAAGAAAAGAAGAAAGAAGACAUUGAAGUGAUCACUGCCAUUUACAAAGUUAACCUGCACUGCGAGGAAUGUGGGAGCAAAAUCAAGAAGCAUCUCAUGGUUACCCAAGGGGUACAGAGUGUGGAAAUAGAGUUUGAGAAAGGAGAAAUCAAGGCAAAAGGGAAAAUAGACCCUUUGAAUAUCUUGAAGCUUAUAGAGAAGAAGAGCAAGAAAAAAGUUGAAUUAAUAUCACCAAAAGUGAAGCCUAAGGAUAUUACUACUACGGAACAAAAGACAAAGGAAAUAAAAGAUCCGAUUAUCCGCAUCAUCUCGGUGAAGGUUCACAUGCAUUGUGACAAAUGUGAGGCUGACCUAAAAAGUAGAUUAAUAAAGCACAAAGGUAUUUUCAAUGUGAAAACUGACCAGAAGGCACAAACUGUAACAGUGGAAGGAACCAUUGAAGUUGAGAAAUUGAUAUCAUUUUUUAGAAAAAAGGUGCAUAAAAAUGCUGAGAUUACUUCCAUAAAGGAAGUGAAAAAGGAUCAAGAGAAGAAGGGCAAAGAGGAACUGAAGUCUUCAGAAACCACCAAAGAGAAGGAUCACAGUAAGUCUGGUGAAUCAACCAAGAAAAAAGAUGAUGAUAAUAAUAAAAAAUCAGGUGAAUCAACCAAGGAAAAAGGAGACGGCAAAUCUAGUGAAACAACCAAAAUAAUAGAGGUUCAUCAAGGGCACCCAAAAGAGGAAAUUAAGAUAAAGGAUAAUAAUGUUCCUUAUAUUAUUCAUUAUGUCUACGCGCCACAACUUUUCAGCGAUGAGAAUCCAAAUUCAUGUUCUAUUUUAUAAUUUAAGUAAAUAAAUUAAAUUUCCUAAAUAGACAAAUAAACAAAUCAGAUAGAAAAAGUAAAGAGUGGCAGUUAUGAUUGACAUGCUAGUGAACAUCAAACAAUUCGAAUCUCAUAUAUAUAUAUAUAUAUGUGUGUGUGUGUGUGUGUAUUUCAAAUAUAAUUUAUGGAGAUAAAAUAUGAGUUGUUGGAGUUUUAUCUGACAUUUCUUAUUA